AUGGGAAAACCAAAUCGAGUGAAUCAAACCAUUGUUUCAGACUUCCUCCUCCUAGGUCUUUCCCAGUGGCCAGAGGAGCAGCCUCUUCUCUUUGGUGUCUUUCUGGGCAUGUACCUGGUCACCAUGUUGGGGAACUUGCUCAUCAUCCUGGCCAUCAGCUCCGAUCCACAUCUCCAUACGCCCAUGUACUUCUUCCUGGCUAAUCUAUCCUUCACGGAUGCCUGUUUUACUUCGGCCUCCGUUCCCAAGAUGCUUGCCAACAUUCACAGGCGGAGCCAGACCAUCUCCUAUUCCGGGUGUCUCACACAGCUGUAUUUUCUUCUUAUGUUCGGUGGCCUGGAUAACUGCCUCCUGGCCGUGAUGGCAUAUGACCGCUAUGUGGCCAUCUGCCAGCCGCUCCAUUACAGCACAGCCAUGAGUCCUCACCUCUGUGCACUAAUGCUGGGCCUGUGCUGGGUGUUGACCAACUGUCCUGCCCUGAUGCACACCCUGUUGCUGACGCGGGUGGUUUUCUGUGGCCAGAAGGCGAUCUCCCACUUCUACUGUGAUCCCAGUGCUCUGCUGAAGCUCGCCUGCUCUGACACCCACAUCAAUGAGCUGAUGAUCAUCGCCAUGGGCAUGCUGUUCCUGGCUGUUCCUCUCAUGCUGAUCGUGUUUUCCUAUGCCCGCAUUUCCCAGGCUGUGUUGAGCAUCUCAUCCUCGGGAGGGCGAUGGAAGGCUUUCUCUACCUGUGGUUCUCAUCUCACCAUGGUUCUGCUCUUCUACGGCUCCCUGAUGGGUGUGUAUUUACUUCCCCCAUCCACCCACUCUGCAGAGAGGGAAAGCAGGGCUGCUGUUCUCUACAUGGUGGUCAUUCCCAUGGUGAACCCAUUCAUCUACAGCUUGAGGAACAGAGACAUGAAGGAGGCUUUAGGGAGACUUUUUGGUGGGAGAGCAUUUUUCUUACCAUGA